AUGUCGGAAGAACGCCACGUUCGCAUCCAGUCUUAUUGUGGUGCGUGCGGCUUUCGGUUCGGUGCUGGCGACAAGAUAGUUGCACUCGUUGGGAAAUGCGACGGCACAUUUGAAGCAGCACGACGAGCGGGUGACUUUUUAGAGGAGGCCUACUGCGAUAAUUCCCAUGGCCACUCUUGGAUAUUUUGUCGCCACCUCCAUUGUCGCAUGUGCGCGGCGGCUCCCGAGAGCGCCACUCUUCACACCGAUUGCUUGUCGGUAUUCCGAGCCAAGAGCAGAGCGCUGGAUGCCAAGAGCAGUCUAGCCAGAUUGUGGACAGCAGCAACAUGGAGGAGCCCCUGGCACCGUGCCCCAGUUCUCCAUCUGCUUCCCGCUGUUGACGUCUCAGCGGGCCUGGCCCAUGCUGCAGCGGCCUGGAACCUGCCCCAGCUGCCGCGACUUCCACCAGAGUUGGUCGGCAUGAUCCACCGACAGUCCCAUCAAAGCCCGCUAUGGCGCCAUUCGUCGGCUUCGGAGCUUGCUUGUGCCUUGUCAGAGGCUUACGACCAUGAACCGCUGACGGUCCCUUUCAACAGGAUUGAGCAUUGGCGGCGCGGCGAGCUCCCCAAAACGGCUGAGGCUCCCCGUGGCGGCACAAAUGAGGGCCUUGUGCGUCUCACAAUUGACUCGCACGGUCUCCGGCGUAUCGAAAGAUUACAGGCAAAGGCGCUCAAUAGCAGUGUCUCUCGCUCCCACUCCUUUGCCUACAUCGUCGAGGCGGCCAAGAUGUUUUCUUGCGUCGACGUCGAGUUCCAAGUAUGGGCCUUAUAUUGA